GAGGAUGUUCGGAAUGUGCUGGGAGAGCCUGCUUGCUCCAGCUGCAGCAUAUCAGGGUUACAGGCGGACUCACAUACCCGCUGUCUUUCAGUCUCCCGCUCAUUAUAAGCAGGUCUUUACAGCCUGUCUCACAGAACAUCUGAACAUAUUGCUGUUCGGGUUGGCACAGAGGCUGCACAAAGCUCUCUCAACAGUUGACAUAUCAUUUUACAUGUCGUUGAAAGGAGAGAAAAGGAGAACUGUAGAAAAUAAUGUGCCAUCCUGCCAUCACCGUCAACCUGCCAAGCUUGUCAUGGUUAAAAAGGAAGGUCCAAAUAAGGGUCGUCUUUUUUAUACCUGUGAUGCACCCAAAGCUGAGCGAUGUAAAUUUUUUAAGUGGCUUGAAGAAGUGGCCCCAGGACAUUUAACCCAGGAGGAUUCUCCACCUGCAAUGGUUUUAAGUGAUAUAAAGAGCAUUGGCUUAUACUUAAGAAGUCAGAAAAUACCCCUCUAUGAGGAAUGCCAGCUUUUGGUGAGGAAAAGAUUUGAUUUUCAUAGAAAACAGUACGGCAAACUAAAGAAGUUUAUGACUGUAAAUCCUGAAUUCUGUAAUGAACCUAAAAGCAAGCUUUAUCUUAAGCUGAGUCGGAAGGAAAGUUCUUCAACUUACAGCAAAGACGACCUGUGGGUGGUCUCCAAAACCCUGGACUUUGAGCUGGACACUUUCAUUGCCUGCAGUGCUUUCUUUGGGCCCUCAGCUGUCAACGAGGUGGAGCUGCUCCCUUUGAAAGGCUACUUCCCCUCCAACUGGCCCAGGGACACAGUGGUCCAUGCGCUGAGGGUCUGCAAUGCCAGCAUGGAGCUGACCGCUCUGAGAAACAUGCAGGACCACUUUAACCCGGCGACUCUGCCUCUAACACCGCACCUGCUAGCAAUGCCUUCAUCCACUACAGUCAGCAACAAGAGCGUCGGUAACAGAAAAUUUAUUCCACCGGCCUUCUCAAAGACCAGCACGCACUGUGACCUGCCCAGCCUAGAAGCAGCACUGCAGUUAGCUGGCAAGUUAAUCCAGGCACACAAGUUAAACGAGGGUCAAGCGGCCGCUCUCGCCCAGAUAGCUCGGAUGGUAGCAUCGCAGGGACGUGCGGAGGGAGUGAAGGAGCUGCCCACCUGCCCCCUCCCCAUCACCACCAUCCACGGUGUUUUUGGAGCAGGAAAGAGCUAUUUGCUGGCAGUGGUGAUUUUGUUUUUUGUGCAGCUAUUUGAAGAAAGUGAAGCUCCUACAGCUGGAAAUGCAAGACCAUGGAAAGUUCUGGUUUCUUCUUCCACUAACGUAGCUGUAGACAGAGUACUCCUCGGGCUUCUCAGUCUCGGAUUCGAAAAAUUUGUCCGAGUUGGGAGUGUUAGGAAGAUCGCCAAGCCAGUUUUACCUUAUAGCCUGCACGCUGGCUCCGAAAGUGCCAAUGAGCAAUUAAAAGAACUACACGCACUGAUGAAAGAAGACCUGACUCCUGCAGAAAGAGUGUACGUGAGGAGAAGUAUCGAGCGGCAUAAACUGGGCACCAACAGGACCCUGCUGGGGCAGGUUCGCAUAGUCGGGGCCACCUGCGCGGCCUGUCCGUUCCCAUGCAUGGAUGACCUGAAGUUUCCCGUGGUUGUGCUGGACGAGUGCAGUCAGAUAACCGAGCCGGCCUCUCUCCUUCCCAUUGCCAGAUUCGAAUGUGAAAAGCUGAUUCUUGUUGGAGACCCCAAACAACUUCCUCCCACUCUCCAGGGAUCCGAUGCCGCUCAUGAAAAUGGAUUGGAACAAACUCUCUUUGAUCGACUUUGCUUAAUGGGUCACAAGCCAGUUCUGUUGAGAACCCAGUACCGAUGCCACCCUGCAAUCACUGCUGUCGCUAAUGACCUGUUCUAUGGUGGGAGCCUCAGGGAUGGCGUCUCUGAGGCCGAGAGGGGCCCCCUGCUGGACUGGCUGCCCACCCUGUGCUUCUACAAUGUCCAAGGACGCGAGCAGAUGGAAGGAGGUAACAGCUUUCAUAAUGAGGCGGAAGCUGCUUUCACACUGACGCUGAUUCGGUCCCUGGUUGCAAGUGGAGUUGCUGGCUCCAUGAUUGGGGUGAUAACACUGUACAGGGCCCAGCUGGUCAAGCUGUGCCACCUGCUUGGUGCUGUGGACUCCGACCGCCCCAGCCUCAGAGCCGUCCAGGUGUCCACGGUGGACGCCUUCCAGGGAGCGGAAAAGGAGGUCAUCGUCCUGUCCUGUGUGCGGACGAGACAGGUGGGGUUCAUUGACUCGGAGAAGAGAAUGAAUGUGGCCCUGACCCGAGGCAAAAGGCAUCUACUGAUCGUGGGGAACUUGGCCUGUUUGAGGAAAAACCGGCUGUGGGGGCGUGUGAUCCAGCACUGCGAAGGAAGGGAAGAUGGGUUGCAGCACGCGAGCCAGUGCGAGCCACGGCUGCACCAGCUCCUGGAAGAUCACCUUGGAAAACAAGCGGAAGGAAAGCAGACGAAAGAGUGGGAAAGACAAAUGUGAAGACAAGUCUCAUUCACAAAGGGGCUGGUGUAGUUCGCUCCGUAGAAACAGGCUCGUCUUCCACCGCAUA